AUGUUCAGCUAUAACGUUGCUGUAAUCUUCCUCGCCAUCCCCGUUCGAUCCUUGUGGGUAGACGGAGUUGUCGCCAGCCAGGGCUCAGAGCUUCGUUCCCUCCGUGCUCCUGUUGUCGCUGAGGAACCCCCCAAUUGCUUACCUGACGUUUCUGACUUUGCGGGCAAAGAUUAUUGUUGGUUUAUUCUGAAUGAUACAGUCGAACACAAGUGGUCUUCGGGAGUGCUCAUUCGCGGUACCCAAGGACCUCUACCCUUUUUCUCUACUCUACAACUCUUACUCCUCGUGGACAAGAACUGGCGUCCUUACGAUGUUGGCAUGUGGGCGUCGGGUUAUACUAACCGCUUCUAUGCUCUCCCUUUGGGCAUGAGUGCCGAUAUAUCCUUCAGCAUACCAGAAGUUAACCAUGUCGGUGGAGAAACCUCUGGCAACCGCAUGGAGUUAGAGUUUGCAGUACAACUGUUCACCACUGUGACCAUUCCUACCAUUGGUCGGGUCAACGCGACGGAGGUGAGUAAAGCUCUUGCCUAUGUAGAUAAGACCGAUGGUGAGAGUGGAGUCACGGUGGACAUUACUGCUGUUGGUGAGGCCCCAGGCUCCGGGUGGUACUCUGAGAUACAUUUCCAUGCAGGCAUCUCUGGCACAGGCCUCAAAUCUUGGCUUUAUGAAAGUAGUGUCGAGAUCUAUAUCAGUUAUCAUGAACAUGACCUAACAAUCAACUAUGAUAAACGUUUCCCUAUCUUCAGCGUGGAGUCCAAUCUUUAG